AUGCCGCAUUGCUCUAUCGACAUCUCCUCUAGCAGCUCUAGUGGAGAUGAAGAUUCCGAGCAUUUGACAGUCCCAGCCCACACAGAGGUAGGCGACAUGGUUGCCCGACAUGUCGCCGCUCAUUUCCAGGCACUGAUGCUCCUGACAAUCCGCCUGGCCUCCAUACAGGUUGAAGAUGAGGAUAUGCCUGGCGAAAUAAGGAGCGACGUUUGCGAUAUUGACGGUAGUGAAAGAUCGAUCAGUGGCCGUUUGAGUGUGGAGAUGUCAGGUGUGAGUACAGCGCACUCGAUGGAUGGAGACGCAUGUACAGAUAGUGGGCCUUCAAGAGAAGGUGCGACUACGCCAUGA